CCCUGGCCACACACACGCACCGGCUCAGGCCCUCUCUCUCUGACUAGCAGCUCCCUCCUGGCUGGGAGAGAGGAGCUCUUUUGUUAUUCAAAUCACACACUCCAGCCUGUGGCUGAGUGCAGCAGGCUGGCUCCAGCCACACGAUUCUUUCUCUCCUCCUCCUGACAUCGGAUGAUCCACAGCGAGCGAGCAGCCGGAGAAUUCCUCUGUUCCUUGCCGAAGGGGCUGUGCCAUCCCUGGGCUGUUUGGAGCGCGUGGGAGUUGGUGCUUUGUUGCCCCUCACCUCGCCUUUGCUUCCAGCUCAAUUCUGCCUUGUUCGGGGCACUCCUCAGCCUGCAAGCUGGCCCUGCUUUCAGACCGUCCCCUCUGCAUGCUUCCUCUGCCCCAGCAUUUCCAUUCGGACGGCGCUUGCUGCUGAUUUGCAAGGUUGCCAGUAUGGGCUUUUCAGAACCGUAUUAACCGGACGAGCCUCUGAGCAGUCAGAGAACGGGGCUGGGGGAGGGGAGCUCUGUCUUCUUCUUGGAUAUUGUAAUCUUCACACUUCAGGAUUUCUGAGCCGCGAGCAGCCCUUGGCCAUGGAGGUGGGCAAGAUGACCGUCAGCAUCAAUAAGGCCAUUAACACACAGGAAGUGGCUGUCAAGGAGAAACACGCCAGAACAUGCAUCCUGGGAACCCACCACGAGAAAGGAGCUCAGACCUUCUGGUCUGUCGUCAACCGACUACCCCUCUCCAGCAACGCCGUGCUCUGUUGGAAGUUCUGCCACGUGUUCCACAAGCUCCUCCGUGAUGGACACCCAAAUGUCCUGAAAGACUCUGUGAGGUACAAGAACGAGCUGAACGACAUGAGCAGGAUGUGGAGUCAUCUGAGUGAGGGCUAUGGGCAGCUGUGCAGCAUCUACCUCAAACUGCUGAGAACCAAAAUGGAGUUCCAUACGAAAAACCCCCGGUUCCCAGGCAAUCUCCAGAUGUCUGACCGGCAGCUCGAUGAGGCAGGAGAAAACGACGUCAAUAACUUCUUCCAGCUGACGGUGGAGAUGUUUGACUAUUUGGAGUGUGAGCUGAACCUGUUCCAGACCGUAUUCAGCUCCUUGGACAUGUCUCGCUCCGUGUCAGUCACUGCUGCUGGCCAGUGCCGGUUGGCCCCGCUGAUACAGGUGAUACUGGACUGCAGCCAUCUCUAUGACUACACUGUUAAACUCCUCUUCAAGCUGCACUCCUGCCUCCCCGCUGACACACUACAAGGCCACAGGGACCGUUUCCUGGAGCAGUUCAGAAAGUUGAAAGAUUUGUUCUAUCGCUCCAGCAACCUGCAGUACUUUAAACGGCUGAUUCAGAUCCCACAGCUCCCAGAGAAUCCUCCCAACUUUCUGCGGGCCUCGGCUCUUUCGGAGCACAUCAGUCCCGUGGUGGUCAUCCCGGCUGAGGCCUCGUCCCCAGACAGCGAGCCCAUCACCGAUCUAGUGGAGACAGACACAGCGUCACAACAGAGCUUGUUUGACAAUAAGUUUGAUGACAUCUUUGGCAGUUCGUUCAGUAACGAUCCUUUCAACUUCAGCGGUCAGAAUGGGAUGAACAAGGAUGACAAGGACCGGUUGAUUGAGCAGCUGUACCAGGAGAUCAGUGCGCUGAAGGAGGAGCUGGAUAACUUCAAGGCAGAGAGCCAUCGCCUAGGGGUGCAGCUGAGGGGACGGAUCAGCGAGCUGGAGGCAGAGCUAGCGGAGCAGCAGCACCUCAAGCAGCAGGCCCUGGACGAGAGCGAUUUCCUGCGCACCGAGCUGGAGGAGCUGAAGAAGCAGUGGGAGGACACUGAGAAAGCACAGAGGAGCCUGACGGAGAUUGAGAGAAAGGCGCAGGCUAACGAGCAACGGUACACCAAGCUGAAGGAGAAGUACAGCGAGCUGGUGCAGAACCAUGCUGACCUGCUGCGCAAGAACGCAGAGGUCACCAAGCAGGUAACGGUAGCGAGACAGGCCCAAGGCGAUGUGGAGCGGGAGAAGAAAGAGUUAGAGGACUCCUUCCAGCGCGUGAGCGAGCAGGCCCAGAGGAAGACUCAGGAACAGGCAGAGGUCUUGGAAACCUUGAAGAGAGAGCUCACAGCCAGCAAGCAGGAGCUGCAGGCCCUACAAAGCACUCUGCAAUCCAGUUUGCAGUCAGAAGCAGAGCGUAGCACCAGGACAGUGGGCUUGGAGCAGGAGAGAGACACCCUGGUGGUGGCAGUGACCCAGCGCAGCCAGGAAGUGACAGCAUUGCAGGCCGAGCUGCAGCAGCUGAAGGACGCCCUGGACAGCGAGAAGGAGAGCAGCAGUAAAUCGCUGGAGACACUGCAGACCCGGCUGGGAGAGAAGGAGAGCCGUGAGCAAGCCCUCCAGCAGCGGCUCCUGGACGAGCAGUUUGCCUUGCUGCAGUGCACGGUGCAGGAGGCAGAGCAGAUGGUGCAGGACUCUCUGAACCGACUCGAUGACCCCGCCCACAUCAGCUGCACGAGCUCUGCAGAUUAUCUCCUGUGCAGAACGUUGGCUGCCUCCGACAGCAUAGAGCGGCUCCAGGGCGCGCAUGGCAAAUACCUUUCCAACCGCUCAGAUGUAAGCAGCCUGUUGCCAUGUGUGGCCCUGUUUGCCCAUCUCAUCAGCGACACCAUCUUGCAGGGCAGUGCCACCUCCCACAUGGUCCCUAUGGAGCCUGCUGACCUGCUGUCGGAGAUGUGUAAACAGUGCGGGAGCGAGGCCCUGCACUACCUUGGUGCCCUGAAAGACGAGGCUUCCCUGGGGGGCGCCGACUGCACUGCCGUCAGAAACUGCCUGAGCCGAAUCAGCGCCCUCGGAGAGGAGCUUCGGCCCAAAGGCCUGGACAUUGAGCAGGAGGAGCUGGGGGACCUGGUGGACAAGGAGAUGGCAGCUACGUCAGCAGCUGUCGAGACGGCAGUUGCCAGGAUAGAGGAUAUGCUCAGCAAGUCUCGGGCUGGGGACACCGGGGUCAAGCUGGAGGUCAACGAGAGGAUUCUGGGCUCCUGCACAGACCUGAUGCAGGCUAUCCAGGUGCUAGUCCUGGCUUCUAAGGACCUCCAGAGGGAGAUUGUGGAGAGCGGAAGGGGCGCGGCUUCCCCCAAGGAGUUCUACGCCAGGAAUUCCCGCUGGACGGAGGGCCUGAUCUCCGCGUCCAAAGCCGUGGGCUGGGGAGCCACCGUCAUGGUUGACGCCGCUGACCUGGUGGUGCAAGGAAAAGGCAAAUUCGAGGAGCUGAUGGUAUGUUCUCAUGAGAUCGCGGCUAGCACUGCCCAGCUGGUGGCUGCCUCUAAGGUGAAAGCGGAUAAGGACAGUGCUAACCUGGCCAGGCUCCGGCAGGCAUCACGAGGAGUCAACCAGGCCACUGCCGGGGUGGUGGCCUCCACCAAGUCAGGGAAGUCUCAGAUUGAGGAGAAAGACAGUAUGGACUUCUCCAGCAUGACACUAACUCAGAUCAAGCGCCAGGAAAUGGACUCGCAGGUGCGAGUGUUGGAGCUGGAAAACCAGCUGCAGAAGGAGCGCCAGAAGCUGGGAGAACUCCGCAAGAAGCAUUAUAAGCUAGCGGGCGUGGCGGAGGGCUGGGAUGAGGACGCUGCAGAGUAGCUUCCCAUGACUGAAUCAGCGACCGACGGGCACCCCUUCAGUUGGCCGUGACCCAGCUUGGUGCAGCUCUUCCUGAAGAUACAAAAUAAACGGUGCAAAAUCCUCCUUGAAGCACAUGUCCUCUGCGUUCCCAAGGACCCUCCUCCAGCGCACCCGGCCGGGCAGCCGCCCAACCCUCGACUGGGCAAGUAGAAAGUGCGGAGGCCUGAAGUGCCCGGAGCAAGGCUCCCACAGCCAUGGCAGCGCCGGCUCCCCACGGCCACGGGACACAGACUCUGCCCGCGUGUUUAGUGCACUGCUUUGGGUCCCGACUGUAGGCCCUGGUUCGUUCUUGCACAGACUCUGAACCGGUUCUUCCUCGGCGACACGAGCCAGGACGCACCCUGUGCCCUGGCGACAGCAGCUCCGAUCUGGUGGGGGGGGCUAGGGCUUUCUGACCCCACUGUGCUUCGCCAGCCCCCCGCCAGACAGCGCCUGUGUCAGGCUGGGCAAGGCAUGGAAAUGCAGCCGAGCCAGUUCUCCUGCUGGCGAGGCUAGGCAGGCACUGGGCUUGGUGCUGGGCACACUGCCCUCCCCACCCCCACACUCCUUCUCCCUCUCCCACUUGCUGUUCUAAGCUGGCCCUGUGCAGCCAAGAGCCCGUGGGGGGCGUGCUGCACCCGGGGGUGGACGACGAGUGCCUUUCACUGCUGGAAGAGGGCCAGCGUGCCACAAUAACACCUCAUCCGCGAGUGUCUUACUGCACUUGGAACGGGCCAUCCCAGGGCAGCCGGCCUCCAGCUGCGGGAGCUGCCAGCGGAGCCCCAGCACGCAGUCCGGGGAAGCCCUGGUCCCUUAAAGCCAUGUGCUAGACAGCCGCUGGGGGAUGGGCUGCGGAGACGCUCCCCCAAGCAGAGGGCAGCGCCCGCCCCUGAGCCCCCGGUGACUCGGCCGGACGGCGUGGAAGAGGGUCUGCUGAGCUCCUCGCCUGGUCCUGGGAACUGGCCCAGCCCCACCCCAGAGCAGGGAGCUGGCCCAGCCUGGUGCCUGGAGCAGAUCACUGUGUUAGUGCCAGCAAUAAACCUCUGACUGAGGUGCUUGCCCCGGCACAAGCAGGAGGCAUCUCUGAGAUCCUGCUGCUCCGUCCCAACCUCUGCCCUUGCCAGCGGGGAGAGUUACCCGGGCCGCCCCUGCGGGUAGUACGCGGAGCUGCCCCACCAGCUCUGAUCCCCGCCCAGGGGGAAGGGGCACUUGGACCCUGGCUCCUGGCAGGCUGCACCAGCUGCCAGUUCUCACUGAUCUGAGCAGCAUGGCUGGUGCAGACUGCAGGCGGCUGGUGCUGGACUGACCCUCGGUGCCCUCCGGGGGCUGCUCUAGAAUUGGGAACAAGCACGGUCCCCUUCGCUGCCUCUCUGCCCUCCAUGCUGGCACACAGCUGGGCAUCGUCUGGGCACUGUGAGCCCGCGGGGGCAGCCCAUGGCCCGGGGAGCUGCUGUAGGGUUUGCUUGGGAAGCCAGGGAUGGGAGCAGAGCCGCGACCCCUGGGAACACCUCCCUUCCCUUCUAAACGGGGCAGAGGAGGCUGAAGCCGCUUGGUGGCCUGUGUCAUUUCACCCCUUUCGAGGCAGCGAAUCCAAAGGCAACCCGGGGUCCUUUUGGCUCCCCGCUGAACUCCUUGGGGAGCUCAUCCCUCCCUGGGAGCCCAGCCAGCUGCUCAGAGCAUGACCACCCCAUUAUGGAGAUCCUCCCCCGUCCCCGCUCAGGCAGCCCCCGCCGGGAUGGAGGGGCCGUCUGCCCUAGCAAUAACAAAACACCGUCCUGCUCUGCUAACAGGGAGGGGGCUUUCAGGCGCUGCCUCUCAGCCAGUGCUGACAAAGGAGUCAGUGAAAUAUCCUCCCUGCUGCCACAGCCGGGCAGUCCUGGGCUGCACUGGGGCAGUUCAUGCAAAUCGUGACCAGUUUCAUCCCAUGGGAAUCCCACUGCAGUGAGAUGUGGAGGCAAAUUUGGCUUUGCGUGUGUGUGGCUGGUCCCCUUGUCCCUGCCAGGGCCUGUGGCUGCCCGGUGCGUGUGGCCGGUUCCCCUCCCCCUGCCAGGGCCAGGGGCUGUGGGUCGGUGCCCCGUGUGUGUGGCCGGUUCCCCUGCCGGGGCCAGUGGCUGAAGGUCGGUGCCGGGUGCGUGUGGCCGGUUCCCCUGCCAGGGCCAGUGGCUGCUGAUCAGUGCCUGGUGCAUGUGGCCGGUUCCCCUGCCACGGCCAGUGGCUGCAGGUCGGUGCCGGGUGCAUGUGGCCGGUGCCCCUGCCACGGCCAGUGGCUGCAGGUCGGUGCCUGGUGCAUGUGGCCGGUUUCCCCUGCCAGGGCCAGUGGCUGCUGAUCAGUGCCUGGUGCAUGUGGCCGGUUCCCCUGCUAGGGCCAGUGGCUGCUGAUCAGUGCCUGGUGCAUGUGGCCGGUUGCCCUGCCAUGGCCAGUGGCUGCAUGUCGGUGCCUGGUGCAUGUGGCCGGUUCCCCUGCCAGGGCCAAUGGCUGCAGGUCGGUGCCUGGUGCAUGUGGCCGGUUCCCCUGCCAGGGCCAGUGGCUACAGAUCGGUGCCCGGUCUCACGUGCCUCUGGCUGGGAUGGGGUUGCCACCUAGUUGGUCCCCAGUGUCUAAUUUGAACCCCAGCUGGUUCAAGCAGUAGCGAUAGUUGGGCCCGACUCAGACCUGGUCUGUGUCCAGAUCCAUGGAUGCCAUCACUGCCCCCCCAUCCCCCGGGGCUGAGUCUGUCCCUAUGAGAAGUAGCUGUUACCCCUUGUCAGCAAUGGCUGCAGCCGGGCCCUGGGGAAGAUCUAAGCUGGAUCUGCAUGGGAUGCCUGGGGACUUGGGAGCAGCACUCUUACAGCCUGGCCGAUAACAGGACUGAAGUUUGUCAAUCAGCCAGUCACCCGGCAGCACUGGCUCCCCUCUCUCAGGAGCCGGCCACGGCCCAGCCGCCUCCAGCUAAGCUGACAGCCGUGGCCCAGCCCAAGCCAUAGCAGGACAAGCCGGGACAGCCCAGCCUCUGUCCAUGCUGGCUCUGGCAUGUGGCACCACGUGCCAGUCUGGGCUCCUGUUGUGCCUGAGUAGGAGGAAAACAGAGCCCGGCCUUCAGGCAGGCAGCAUGUGGGUCUGUGGGGGUUCACCACGUGGGUCCCCAUGUGCUGGCCCCAGCCCCGGAUCUCUGCUCUGAGACACUAACACUAACCCUUGCUCCUGACGGAGCCCAUGUGGUGCUAUGGCCCUGCCCUGCAGGGGCGCCCAGCCCCGUAGGGCUUUGUGCCUGGUGCUUUCAGUGCCUCCAGUCAGCAUGAUCCACCCCACGCCACACCCGCCGCAGGCCGGCAGACCAAAUGCAGCCCCGGCUCCAAGGAGCACCCUUGGCCUGCAACUACCUCCGAAGCAAUAGGAGCUGCAGCAGGCAGGCGUGGGGGCAUGCUUACAUCCCCUUCUCCUGGGCUGGAGCGGGGUCCCACCUGGGCAGCUCAACCCCAGCUACCUCAGCUCUCCAGGCUGGGGACACAGGGACAGAGCCAGGAGGAAGAGCAGGAAUAGAGGGGUUAGAGGAGAUGGGGGGCUGAUGGAG